AUGUCCCAUUUUCUCUAUUCUUUUCUCUUUACUGCAGCAGAGUGUGAGAAGCUGAUGGAGAUUUAUGAGCGCUUGGAAGAGUUGGACGCAGACAAAGCUGAAGUUCGAGCCUCACGAACCCUCUUUGGACUGGGUUUCACACCUGCUAUGCAGCAAAAAAAACUGAAAGAUUUCAGUGGAGGCUGGAGGAUGCGUGUGUCCCUUGCCAGAGCCCUGUUCAUAAAGCCCUUUAUGCUGUUGUUAGAUGAACCUACUAACCACCUGGAUUUGGAUGCCUGUGUGUGGCUGGAAGAAGAACUUAAGUCUUUUAAGCGAAUUCUUGUACUCAUCUCACAUUCUCAAGACUUUCUCAAUGGUGUCUGCACAAACAUCAUUCAUCUCCACCAGAGGAAGCUCAAGUACUACACUGGUAACUACGAUCAGUAUGUGAAGACCAGGGAGGAGCUGGAGGAAAACCAGAUGAAGCGGUACAACUGGGAGCAGGACCAGAUAGCUCAUAUGAAGAACUAUAUUGCCCGUUUUGGUCACGGCUCUGCAAAGCUAGCUCGCCAGGCUCAGAGCAAAGAAAAAACACUGCAGAAAAUGAUGGCCUCUGGCCUAACAGCUCGUGUGGUGAACGACAAGACUUUGUAGUUUUAUUUUCCUCCUUGUGGGAAGAUCCCCCCUCCUGUUAUCAUGGUGCAGAAUGUCAGCUUCAGAUACUCCAGUGACACACAUUUUAUUUAUAAGAAUUUGGAGUUUGGCAUUGACCUGGACACAAGAGUUGCACUUGUGGGUCCCAAUGGGGCAGGCAAGUCCACACUUCUCAAGCUACUGAUGGGAGAGCUUCUCCCCACAGAUGGAAUGAUAAGAAAGCACUCGCAUGUCAAGAUUGGCAGGUAUCACCAGCAUCUGACUGAGCAGCUGGAGCUUGACCUGUCUCCUCUGGAGUACAUGAUGAAGUGUUUUCCAGAAAUCAAAGAGAUAGAGGAGAUGAGGAAGAUCAUUGGACGCUACGGUCUGACAGGGAAGCAGCAGGUCAGUCCCAUCAGGAACUUGUCAGAUGGCCAGAAGUGUCCGGUGUGUUUCGCCUGGCUUGCGUGGCAGAAUCCGCACAUGCUGUUUCUGGAUGAGCCAACUAAUCACUUGGACAUUGAGACAAUAGAUGCUCUGGCUGAAGCCAUCAAUGAGUUUGAGGGAGGAAUGAUGCUAGUUAGCCACGACUUCAGACUUAUUCAGCAGGUGGCUCAGGAAAUUUGGGUGUGUGAAAAGCAGACCAUCACCAAAUGGAACGGGGACAUUUUGGCUUACAAGGAGCACUUGAAAUCAAAAAUUGACAAACAGACUCAUGAUAUAUAAAAACCCAUGAGCAGGACAGACAAACAUUUCCACCAUGGAUUGAUUACCCUCCUCUCUUUCCCAGGAAUUUUAGGACAAUGAACCCCAAUUUCCCAGCUGUUGAUGUGGAUUGCAUUCCAUUGUACUGUCAUCUAGGAGUGUUGACAACUUCCUCAAGGGCAAUCGUUAAAGCGUUCCCUGGUCUUAUAUCUCUUAAUGUACCUCUCAGAUUUCCCAGCAUCAGCACAUCUGUUUUAUUUAAAACUGUAAAGGCAGUAAUGAUUUAUUGGAAUAAAUAGAUUCAAUUAUGUUGGUGUAGAACAGUAGAACAUCAAAGUAUGCAGAAAACAAUUUUCAGAAUAUCCCACAUCAAAUCAUAACAUACAGUAUUCAUACCAAAAUAAUGAAUGUAGACACAUAAAAUACCAUUUUAAACUAAACAGUGUAAUCUGUCAAUAAUGCAUCCAUGUGAAUACACUAUACCGACGAAUACACACUUGGAACAACAAAGGGUGCU